AUCGCUACGCCCACUUGCUGGCCUAUAAAGGCAGCUGGUGAGCUUGGCAGCCAUACGCACCUCAGGGCCUCUCUCUUCCUCUCCAGCCCUCUUGCUUGUGCCCGCUGCUGCCACCAUGACCACCACCAUCCGCCAGUUCACCUCUUCCAGCUCCAUUAAGGGCUCUUCUGGCCUGGGGGGCGGCUCAUCCCGCACCUCUUGUCGGCUGUCCAGUGGCCUGGGUGGCGGCUCCUGCAGACUGGGCUCUGCCGGUGGCAGCCUGGGCAGCACCCUUGGGGGCAACAGCUACUCCAGCUGCUAUAGCUUUGGCUCUGGCAGUGGCUAUGGCAGCAGCUUUGGGGGAGUUGACGGGCUGCUGACGGGCAACGAGAAGGCCACCAUGCAGAACCUGAAUGACCGCCUGGCCUCCUACCUGGACAAGGUGCGUGCCCUGGAGGAGGCCAAUGCUGAGCUGGAGGUGAAGAUCCGAGACUGGUACCAGAAGCAGGCUCCAGGGCCUGCCCGUGACUACAGUCACUACUACAGGACCAUCGAGGACCUGCAGAACAAGAUCCUCACGGCCACCGUGGACAAUGCUAACAUCCUGCUGCAGAUUGACAAUGCUCGUCUGGCUGCUGAUGACUUCCGCACCAAGUUUGAGACGGAACAGGCCCUGCGUGUGAGUGUGGAGGCUGACAUCAACGGCCUGCGCCGAGUGUUGGAUGAGAUGACCUUGGCCAGAGCUGACAUGGAGAUGCAGAUUGAGAACCUCAAGGAGGAGCUGGCCUACCUGAAGAAGAAUCAUGAGGAGGAGAUGAACGCCCUGAGAGGCCAGGUGGGUGGCGAGAUCAAUGUGGAGAUGGAUGCUGCCCCCGGUGUGGACCUGAGCCGCAUCCUGAACGAGAUGCGCGACCAGUACGAGAAGAUGGCAGAAAAGAACCGCAAGGAUGCUGAAGACUGGUUCUUCAGCAAGACAGAGGAGCUGAACCGUGAGGUGGCCACCAACAGCGAGCUGGUGCAGAGUGGCAAGAGCGAGAUCUCUGAGCUCCGGCGCACAAUGCAGGCCUUGGAGAUCGAGCUGCAGUCCCAGCUCAGCAUGAAAGCAUCCCUGGAGGGCAGCCUAGCCGAGACAGAGAACCGCUACUGCGUGCAGCUGUCCCAGAUCCAGGGGCUGAUUGGCAGUGUGGAAGAGCAGCUGGCUCAGCUGCGCUGUGAGAUGGAGCAGCAGAACCAGGAGUACAAGAUCCUGCUGGACGUGAAGACGCGGCUGGAGCAGGAGAUCACCACAUACCGUCGCCUGCUGGAGGGCGAGGAUGCCCACCUGACUCAGUACAAGCCAAAAGAACCCGUGACCACUCGCCAGGUGCGCACCAUUGUGGAAGAGGUCCAGGAUGGCAGGGUCAUCUCGUCCCGGGAGGAGGUCCACCAGACAACCCGCUAGGGACUUGGCUCCUCCCAGCCAGCCCCCCAAGAGUUAGGGAGGAGGCCUGUGGUCUCCAGCCUCUCCAGCCUCUGACCCCUGCUUCAGUCCUUUCCCUGAACUCCCUUGCCUUGCUCCAAUAAAGUUUGUUGACUCAG